AUGCAUCCAAGACUCACAAGGUGCCAACGAUUUCAGAGACAAACUGGAAAAGAGCUCUGACUGCCAUCCUCGGGCAGCUGAACAACCCUCAGUACAAUAAGAUGCUGACAUUUCUGAAAAUCCUCCAAAAGAAGAAAACCACUAAGUUCAAAGAACACUUGCCCCAAAACAUUAUUGAGCGCUUCGGAGUGGAAACGUCCAUCCAGAAAGUCAAAGAAGCACUAGAUCGGAUACCUCGGAGGGACGAUGCAGUCCAAAAACACUUGCGACCCUUUGUGCACAAACUGAAGAGCAAACAGGAAAAGAAGAAGAAGGGUAAACGGAUAAACUCCCAGCGUAAGACUGAUCCUGUCGGCAUAAUGAAGUCCAAAAAGAAGAAGAUGGAGAACAAAGAUUCAUCCCUGAGAUCAACUGAAACCACAGAAACUCCAAAGGCACCUGCUGUUUUCAGCCCCUGGCCCAUGAAUACUGUAUCAUCCAUGAGUUUGAAUGGAGCCACCAAAACUCCCGAGACUGAUCCUGUCAGCACAAUGAAGCCCAAAAAGAAGAAGACGCAGAACAACGAUUUAUCUAUGAAGUCAGCAGAAACCACCAACGCUCCCGAGUCUGAUUGUUCAGAACCAUCAGAGGCUAAACUGGAGGAGCCAGCGAACAGUGAUUCAUCCCUGAAUUUGAAUGGAGCCACCAAAACUCCCAAGGCAGCUGUGCAGGUUCAGAGUGCACCUGUCCACACUGGGAGAGUUAAAAUCAAAGCAGUCACAUCCUUCAAUAAAAGCAACACUCACCUGGUGGUGGAUGUAAAAACGGAGCUGAAGGAGUGUUUUGUGAGGACUCGUCUCCUGGCAGAGGCACUUGGCUACAAAAUGGAGGAAGGCGUUGAAGCCAGAAUCCGCGAGGCAAUGCCGAUCUCAGCAGAGGCUACAAUGCAAGGAAAGAAAAUUACGGCCAUUAAAAAGGUGUAAAAAUGUAUUUUUAUGAUUAUUUAAUUUUACCUGUCUCACUCUGUUUUUCUAAGCUCAUGGUGUAAUGGACACACAUAUUUCAGUAGUAUUCUCACGUUUUUUGAAUGUUUUGUUUUGAAGUUCAGCCUUUUAUUUUGAAAGAGAAAAUUAUAGCGCAAAACAGGAAAAAGGCUAAGUAGUAAGUAAUGUGAGAUAAACCUCGCAGCGUUUCCUGGUCUGUUGGGUUUUCAGCAUUAUUUCCUCUGUUCAGAUUGUCGGUCUGUGGUUGUUGUUGAGUUAGUCGUUUCAGGCACUUUGUGUAGCACUUCUGGAAGUUGCAGAUUUUCCCAGUGUUCCAAUAACUGAUGGAUCAGAGGCACUUUCAGACUCAAGGAACUUUUUCAGAAUUUUUAAAAACUUUUUAAGUGACUGCAUCUUUUUUUAAGCUUCUGCCUCCAACAAGCUAGGUGCUUGGAGUUCUUCAGUGGUUGAACAAAGAGGAGCACCAAGAACAGGCACAAACAUGGUAAUAUGGUAUGUUGUUCUUGUGGAGGUAACACAUUUGGACAGUUACCCUCAGGUAUGAUUCCUCUAUAUUAUAUACAGUACUGUGC